GGUGGGGGUGGUCAGGAGCAACGGAACGGAAGACGAGGGGUUCCCAAAAGAAAAAGAAACGGCCUUGGCCUGACCGUCUUCUUCUUACCCAGCCCCAGCAGCCGCAGCCAGGCAAGUGACCGUUGCGCUUGCCAGCCCAGCAUCCUCUUCCUCUCCCUUGCCUUUUUAAUCAGGAUUAGGAUCGACCUAGGAGGAGGAGAGGAGAGUAAUUCAUUCAUUCAUCCAUCCAUCCACCAACGGUACCCUGAGCAGAGCAGAGGACAGCUAGGCAAGGCAAGAAAAUACUAGUAGUUUCUACUGUAGUCCUUCUCCUUCGGGCGAGGCAAAGGCAAGAACACGGACGGAGCCGUGCUCAGGUGGAUUCCGCAUCCGCUUCCGCCCAACGGAUUCAAUUCAUCCAUUCGUUCCACAACCCUCCUCCUCCUGCCCUGCCCUGCCCUGCCCAAGGAACAACAAGAAGCCACCAGCGCGCGCUACCUGCAGAUUGCAGCACACGCAAGGGAGCACAAGCAAGGCAAUCCAGGGAGAGACAGCUUGCACAUCCAUCCACCCCGCAAGCGCAAGGAGUUAGAGGGCAACCAUGGCUUCGCUAAGUGACAUAGGCGUCGCCGCGGGUUUCAACGUAUUGACUGCCGUUGCCUUCUUGCUCGCAUUUGCAUUCCUUCGGCUGCAGCCCAUCAACGACAGGGUCUACUUCCCUAAAUGGUACCUCAGAGGAAUGAGAGACAACCCAAUCGUCUCUGGUGCAGCUGUGCAGAAAUUUGUCAACUUAGACGGGAGAUCCUACUUGAAGUUUUUAAACUGGAUGCCAGCUGCUCUCAAGAUGCCCCAGGAUGAGCUCAUUAACCAUGCAGGCCUUGAUUCUGUGGUCUAUCUACGGAUAUACAUAACAGGGCUCAAGAUAUUUGUUCCAAUUACAGUUCUGGCUUUUCUUGUUCUGGUCCCAGUCAAUUGGACCAGUGAUACCCUAGGACACAACAAUGUAGUCUACAGUCCUAUCGACAAACUUUCAAUAUCCAAUGUACCCAAUGGGUCUAAGAGGUUUAUAGCUCACUUGAGCAUGGCUUAUGUCAUCACAUUUUGGACCUGCUAUGUACUGUUCAAAGAGUAUGAAAUUAUUUCAAACAUGAGGUUGCGCUUUCUAGCUUCUGAGAAACGCCGACCAGACCAGUUCACUGUCCUUGUGCGGAAUAUACCACCAGAUCCUGAUGAAUCAAUCAGUGAGCUUGUGGAACAUUUCUUCCUUGUCAAUCAUCCCGAUCAUUAUCUAAGACACCAGGUGGUUUACAACGCAAAUAAACUUGCUGAUCUGGUUGAAAAGAAGAAGAAGAUGCAAAACUGGCUUGAUUAUUACCGACUAAAGUAUGAGCGGAAUCCAUCAGAGAGGCCCACCACAAAGACUGGCUUUCUUGGAUGUUUUGGUUCCAAGGUGGAUGCUAUUGACUAUUACAAAUCAGAGAUCGAGAAAAUUGGGAAAGAAGAAGCUGAAGAGCGUAAAAAGGUCAUGAAGGAUCCAAAAUCAGUUGUGCCAGCAGCCUUUGUUUCGUUUCGCUCCCGAUGGGGUGCAGCAGUCUGUGCUCAGACCCAACAAACCAGCAAUCCAACAGUCUGGUUGACAGAAUGGGCUCCGGAACCUCGUGAUGUUUAUUGGAAUAAUCUGUCCAUCCCAUUUGUGUCCCUUACAGUUAGGAGGUUGAUAAUUGCUGUGGCAUUCUUCUUCCUUAACUUCUUUUACAUCAUCCCAAUAACACUAGUACAGUCUCUUGCAAACCUUGAAGGAAUAGAGAAGGCACUUCCAUUUCUAAAACCCUUGAUUGAAUUGCCAUUCAUUAAAUCAUUCAUCCAAGGGUUUCUUCCUGGAAUUGCUUUGAAGAUCUUCCUUAUAGUUCUUCCAACUAUACUGAUGUUUAUGUCUAAAUUUGAAGGACUGAUAUCACAGUCAUCUUUGGAGAGGCGAUCUGCAUCAAAGUAUUAUAUAUUCUUGUUCUUCAAUGUAUUUUUGACGAGUGUAAUUGCAGGAUCUGCUCUGGAGCAGCUUAAAACCUACCUCCAUACGUCAGCAAAUGACAUACCAAGGAUCAUUGGUGAUUCCAUCCCAAUGAAGGCGACUUUUUUCAUAACAUAUGUAAUGGUUGAUGGUUGGACUGGAAUAGCUGGUGAAAUAUUGAGACUGAAGCCGCUGAUAUUCUUCCAUCUGAAGAACUUGUUCUUGGUCAAAACUGAAAAGGACAGAGAAGAGGCAAUGGAUCCUGGCAGUAUCUGCUUUGACUCAACCGAACCUAGAAUACAGCUAUACUUCUUGCUUGGCCUUGUUUAUGCUGCGGUGACACCGUUCCUGCUUCCUUUCAUAUUGGUGUUCUUUGGGUUCGCAUAUGUCGUCUUCCGCCACCAGAUAAUAAAUGUCUACAAUCAGCAAUAUGAGAGCGCCGCUCAGUUCUGGCCUAGUGUUCAUGGGCGUAUAAUCACAGCGUUGAUCGUAUCGCAACUGCUGCUCCUGGGACUGAUGAGCACAAACGACUUUGAGCAGUCGACGCCUGUGCUCCUUGUUCUUCCUGUGCUGACCUUUUGGUUUUACAAGUACUGCAAGAACCGGUUUGAGCCGGCGUUCGUGAGGAACCCACUGCAGGAGGCGAUGAAGAAGGACACCCUGGAACGUGCCCGGGAGCCCAACUUCGAUCUGAAGGCGUACCUGGCCAACUCGUACCUGCACCCGGUGUUCAAGGGGGACGAAGGCGACGACAGGUACUCGGUGGUGGAUGACGAAGGGUGGAUGGAGGAGGAGGUGAUUGUGCCGACGAAGCGGCAUUCAAGGAGGACGACGCCCGCGCAGAGCAAGCACGAAGGAUCAGACUCGCUCUCUGUGCCCGAGAGCCAGCGAUAGCCACUAGAGUAGGUAGCCUGUACAGAAUGGUUGAAAAUGAGGGAGAUGCUGCUCCUGCUCUAUUUCUUUGUUUUGGGUUGGUUGCUCAUGACACUGCUAGUGGUGCGUACAAUUGAGAAUACAAGCGGUAUACAUACAGACAUGUUGGUUGAUCUGCAACCGAUCUCAUAGAACAGAAUUCAAGAGAGCUGGGGUAGGACUGAGGGGGAGAGAAUGUUCACUGUAGCUUGAGCAAAGAAUAUGAAUACAACAGUUACAUUAUCUGAUCUGAUGAAUUUGUUAGCAUCA